AUGGGCACAGUGUCUUUUCUGCUGAAGGCGCAUCUGUAUGCUAUUUUGGCGAUUGUCAUCUACGUGGCUGGCUGCUUUUUACUGGCGCUGCCGGAAGCGCAGCGUCACUACCUUUUUUUGCAUCAGGUUCGCUUCCCGUUCUUCACCAAGUACCAUGAGCCGCAUGCACAUGGUAUUAGCCCUGGACAAGCACGCAACUUUUACUUCAACUCUACGGAUGAUGUGCGCAUUGGUGCAUGGCACAUUCUUCCAGAGUCCAUUUACGAGACAUAUGCUCAGCAUGCGAGCGAGAAGACGCCAGAGCUUCCAGUGGAGAUCUUUGAGCAGGCUUUGCAAUCGCACCCUACCUUUGUGUAUCUACAUGGAAAUGCCAUGAACCGUGCCGCGCCAUUCCGCAUUCGCACAUACAAGGACUUGGUCCACCAAAUGAAUGCCAAUGUGAUUGCGAUUGACUACCGUGGUUUUGGCGAUUCGCAAAGUUUCCCGACGGAAGAAGGCGUGAUCAACGAUGCUUACGCUGCGAUUCAGUUUGUGCGCGACCAUGCUGUGAAUCCCAAGACUGGCAAAUCGCCCGGACUCACGCUCAUGGGCCAGAGUCUUGGGACGGGUGUGGCCUCGCAGUGCGCGUUGCGUCUGCAUCGCGAGGGCAUUCAUCUCGAUGCAUUGGUCCUUCUUGCCCCAUUCAAGUCCAUUCAUCCCAUGGUCGCCGAGUUUCGAAUGGGUGGCGUAGUACCCCUGCUAGGCUUCCUUGACCUGUUCCCUGGCAAAGAUGAGCUGAUUCAGUCGUUGCUGCAGUACAAGUUCGACACGAUGUCGGCGCUGAAGGAGCUGGUAGAAAGCUCGACGAAGCCUGACGCUCUGACUGCGCCAACGAUCUUAGUCAUGCAUGCGGAGAACGACGAGGUGAUUCCUGUGUACCACGCAGAGGAUCUGUACAUGAUGGCGGAGGACACGACCCAUGCUAUGGUCAAGUCGUCGCCUUUCCUUGUGUGGGGCUCGAAUGCGCCAGACCUUGGCUAUGUGCGCUCCAUUAUGCACAAGAGUGCUCGGCUGCCUGAACGCCGAGGCUUGCUCCCUGGCGCACGCUUCGUGCUGCCUCGCAGUGCGAUCUUCACCUAUGUCCGCCUGGAAAAAGGGGGGCACAAUCAUUUGCUGGACUACAAUGUCGAUGCCAUGCAGUUGAUGCUACCGCAGUAUAUGACGGGCCCAGGCGCCACAACCUCCUCGGCCAAGUAG